AUGUCGAUGCCACAUAGUAGUUCGAGCACUACGAGUUCCAGCACAAAACGUAAAGAAAUAUACAAAUAUCAAGCACAAUGGCCUCUGUACUCAAUGAACUGGUCAGUACGUCCCGACAAAAGAUUCCGUUUGGCCCUCGGCAGUUUUGUGGAAGAGUACAAUAAUAAGGUACAAAUCAUAUCAUUGGAUGAAGAGACGAGUGAGUUCAGUGCUAAGAGCACAUUUGACCAUCCUUAUCCGACCACAAAAAUUAUGUGGAUACCUGACAGCAAGGGGGUGUAUCCUGACCUUCUGGCUACCAGUGGGGACUACCUCCGUAUCUGGCGUGCCGGUGAACCAUACACCUUGUUUGAGUGUGUAUUGAACAAUAACAAGAACUCAGACUUUUGUGCUCCUCUCACGUCUUUUGAUUGGAAUGAAGUUGAUCCUAAUUUAAUUGGUACAAGUAGUAUUGACACAACAUGCACUAUCUGGGGUUUGGAGACAGGACAGGUGAUGGGGAGAGUCAACGAGGUCUCCGGACAUGUGAAGACUCAACUGAUUGCUCAUGAUAAGGAGGUGUACGACAUAGCGUUCAGUCGCGCGGGCGGAGGUCGUGACAUGUUCGCCUCAGUGGGGGCUGACGGCUCUGUGCGAAUGUUUGACUUGAGACACCUUGAACAUUCCACCAUUAUAUAUGAGGAUCCACAACACACACCGCUACUCCGUCUAGCGUGGAACAAACAAGACCCCAACUACCUGGCUACUAUAGCGAUGGACGCGUGCGAGGUCAUCAUACUCGACGUGAGGGUUCCCUGUACGCCGGUCGCGAGGCUCAACAACCACAGGGCCUGUGUUAACGGCAUCGCGUGGGCUCCGCACAGUUCGUGCCACAUCUGCACGGCGGGAGACGACCACCAGGCGCUGAUCUGGGACAUCCAGCAGAUGCCGCGCGCCAUCGAGGACCCCAUCCUCGCGUACACCGCCGCCGAGGCUGCCGGGAGCGAGGUGAACCAGAUCCAGUGGGGCGCCACGCAGCCCGACUGGAUCGCGAUAUGCUAUAACAGACACACCGAGAUACUGCGAGUUUAG